AUGGAUAAAACUAAAAUUGAAGCCCUAUUUAUAUAUGACGAAGAUAUAGAGAAAAUUGAUAAAACAGUUACUGAUGAGGAACUACAGGCAGAAAAGGUGCUAUACUACUAUCCUAACGAAACACAUGAUAUGUCAAAAGUAGCACAUGCUAGUGCAAUGGAAGGAAUAUCAGUAUUUAUAAAACAGUUCAGCAAAUCUCAUUUAGAUCAUAUAGUAACUACCACAAAUUUAAUGGUUAUAGAAAAAUGGUAUAAGCGUGUGUUUAUUACCAUAGUUGCAAAAAAUACAUGUAAAAAUAAUAAUAUGGAAAAUUUAGUAUGUAAAUUAUUACAUCACAUUUUAAAAAACUUCAUUUCUAUAUUUACUUUGCUACAUGGUCAUAUACGUAGCUUUCUGAAAUACAAGAAAUAUAGAACUUCGGAAAAUAUAAAUAAAAAAAAAAUAUUGCAAAACAUUUUAGACGAUUAUGUCUUUACAUACAUAAACGCUAUUAACAAUGAGACAUUGAGUAUAUACAAUGAACUUCAAAGUUUUUAUAUGUUCCCUGUUGAAAAUCAUAUUUACAUUACUGUUCAGAAUUUAAUUUCAUCACUAGUACUUACGCAUAAGCGAAUAAAACAUGGAGCCUUAUUUUAUGAAGGAUAUUUUAUUUAUUCAAGUUUACCGUUAGAAGAAAUAAAAGUUAUUUACAACUAUUUGGUCUCCUAUAAUGGAAUUGUCAACAAUUUAAAGUUAAAUCAACCCCCCUUUAAAAAAAUUGCAUCAUCUGCCGCUACCAACACAAACGGGGGCUUAUCAAGCUUUGGACGAUGUAACUCAGUAGAAGAUAAAAAUGGAUUUCUUCUAGGAAUUAAAAAAUCGUCCGUAUUUAUGCCAGUUAUAACAUUAGCAAAAAAAAAAAAAUACAAACUAGUUGCAUUUAUAUUUAAGGGGAUAUUAAUAAUUUUAUUAAUCAAAGGUAGUACAAUAAAGGAUGAAGAUUUUGAUAUUAUAAUAGAUAUACAAAAUAAAUGGAAAAAUGAAAAUAAAAGUAAUAUAUUUAAUUUAAAUAGAUUAAAUGAUCACUUACAAUUACAAUUUAAAAAAUAUAUUAAUAGAGAUGAUGCUAUUAAAUAUUUUUAUUACAAUAAAAUUAACAAUUCUGUAAGAGCAUCAAAUAAUAAUAAAAAAUUUACUCCAGAAGAAUUACUUUUAGUAUCCCAUAUUCAUCAUUUAUUUGACACAUUUGAAACGAAACAAAAUAAGUUCAAAUCAAAUAAGAUUAAAAAAUCAAAAAGCGAGGAAAUAGAAAAAGAGACAGAUACAGAAAACAAAAACAAGGAAACUGAAUUAUUCAUUGCUCAAAAUAGUUCCCAAAAUAGUGACGACAAAAAUUAUAACGGCCUUGGUGAAAAUGCGAAAACAAUCGAGGCAGAUCAAAACUCAGAAGCGGGAACAAAGCCAAAGGAUUCAGCCAAAGAUAAAGAUGGACUAAUUGAACAGGAUAAAAAUAAUAAGUCUGAAAAAUCUGAAAGUAAUUGGGAAAAAGCAACAAAUUUUUUAGAAAAUAAAAUAAAAAAUCCCAACAUUUUAACCACAAAAGCCGAAACAGAAACAGAAAAAAAUCCUCAGCCAGUUACAAAUAAUUUUAUAUCUAUUAUAGAAAAAGAAGAAACCCCAAAUAAUCUGAAAACUAAUGAAACAAUAACUGAAAAUUCUCAAAAUAAUAAUAGUAUACAAAAUAAAAAAUGUGAAAAAAAAAAAAUAAAACUUGUCUUUAACCCUGAAUUAAAUAAAAAAAUAUUUUAUGAUGUUAAUUAUGAUCUAAAAAUUAAAAAAUAUUUUUUUAAGGAAGCGAAUUCUCCAUGGAUAUUUGGGAAAAGAGAAAUGAAAAGAGAAAUUUUUAUGUUUCUUGAUGAUAACAAAAUGUCUCUUACAAAAGCACAAAAUUGUGCCGAUCAAAUAAUGAAUAAUAAUUUUUCUAACAUAUAUAUUUGA